UUUCGUUCUUCAAUCUUCAUUGAAAAUGGCCACAGACGAUGUUAGAGAGGAGCCCUUCCCAGCUCCGUCCCAACAGGCAAAAGGACAGGCCAACGGCAUCCCAACAGAUGUCUCGUGCGUCAACUUUGCCGACAAGAUCGUCAUUACGAUAUCUCAAGACGGACGCCUCGCACAAUGGGUCCAAGUACCUCUCUCAGCACCCUCACCUGCUCUUGUAGACAUGGCUCUCCCCCGCGCUGAUCUGUCACUCCUUCCAUCAGUCCACCUGGAACCCAAGACUCUUGUCGGCGGUGGAGGCGCAGACAGAGAGACUGUGGGUCAGCUAUACGCUGCUCAGAUCGCCAGCCAUCUCGCACUGAGGAAUCCAGAAGAUCGGAGAACUUUGAUUCUGGGUCUCGGCCUGCGGAAAUUCGAUUCUGAAAGCCGUGAGGGCUUUUUUGACAUCAUCGAGUUGGUGUUAAAGGCUCUUUGAGGUCCUGGAUGAGUCCGUUCCAGGACGGUGGGGAGGACUAAGUACAGCUAUCCCUACCUAAGACCAAAGGGUCAGAUAAGGCACACGCAGCACAGGUCAGCAUCAUCAGCGUAGGAGACAUACCUUACAACACACGCUAUACAGGGUUCAUCAAAACCUCAUCUCGGCGUGUCGAAUCCAGCAGAAGGAAACUGCUCCUCGUCCAGGUCCGCUGGGUAGCAAUAGCUCUCGGCGGAGGUACAACAGAGCCGACGGGUGCAUGAGCCUCCCAGAGUUCGCAAGCAGCCAUGAAGCUUUGAGCAUAGGCAUCGUUGUAGAAGUCGAGGAUGAUGCCAUGUAUUCCAGGACAUAAUUUCGAGAAGCUUAUCUCAUUCGCUUCUGUGCUUGGUUGCUUGAUAAGACAAGUCGCUGCACAGCCUCGCGAAACAUACUCCAGAGCAGAUUAUUAUACACCUUUCUGGGUGAGCCACGGCAUGGCAGAACGGACUGCAUACUUAUCCGUUCCUGCUCUUCCUGUGAGGGCACCGGAGAAGUAUCUGCGCUGGUCCACAGCC